UCAAUAAUUGCCUUUAGGGUGCAACGGAUCGUUGAGCUGCACCCGAGUGCUUAAGCUCUUUCGAACGUGAUCGUGUGGGGCCACCGCGUGUGCAGCACACACACACACGUAGGCACAGCACAUACGUAAACAGGCGUGCAUAAUUGACGAUCAAUUGGAGAACGGAACCCGUCCCUCGCGGGAACCAGGGGAGGGUGAACAGGAUAUUGGAACGAUGAUACGCGUUGACGAGAGUGACCCGGUGGGCGAGAUCGAACCGAGCUUUCCUUAUCGAGAUGUGACGGUACGUCGAGGCGUGGAAUUCAAGGAUAAUUACGACAUCCAGUCGGAGAUCGGACGAGGAAAAUUUGGCACGGUUUAUCGAUGUAAGGAGAAAGCAAGCGGUUUGAUGUUAGCGGCAAAGGUGGUGACCACCGCGAAAAAGGAGGACAGACGAGCUGUGGAACGAGAGGUUGAAAUUAUGAGAAGAUUACAGCAUCCACGACUUAUUCAACUUUACGAUGCCAUUGACGCUGGCAAACUGAUUUAUGUUAUAUUGGAAUUGAUCGAAGGUGGCGAACUAUUCGAGAGGGUGAUAGACGACGACUUCGUGUUGACCGAACGCAGUUGUACCGUUUUCAUGAGACAGAUCUGCGAGGGUAUAGAAUUCAUCCAUCGACAGAACAUUUUGCAUCUCGAUCUAAAGCCUGAAAACAUAUUGUGUCUGACAAAGGAGGGUAAUCGGAUCAAAAUCAUAGAUUUCGGUCUUGCGAGGGAGUACGAUCCAAAGAAGAAGCUGCAAGUUCUAUUUGGUACGCCGGAGUUCGUUGCACCGGAAGUCGUAAAUUUCGAUCAGAUUGGUUAUGGUACCGACAUGUGGAGUAUAGGCGUCAUCUGUUACGUAUUAUUAUCCGGUUUGUCACCGUUCAUGGGGGACACAGACAUCGAGACAAUGGCGAACGUGACGAUCGCGAAGUACGAUUUCGAUCACGACGCGUUCGUCGAUAUCUCCGACGACGCGAAGGACUUUAUCCGGUGUCUGCUGGUUAAAGAUAAAGACAACCGGAUGACCGCUGCAGAGUGCAGGGAGCAUCGUUGGCUCAAAAGACCGAGCAAACCACCAAUUCAGAUCGAGCAAACAACUAUGGAGAUCCCCAUAAGAAACUACGAGAUUCGACGUGUACAGCCUAACCAUCUAGACGAACUAGACAUGGCCAAGGACAAUCUGAGGCUAUUCGUGGAACGUUGGAGGGAACAUCCCGACAGUCCUUAUUUAAUAGAUCUUCCGCAACUGGUUCUACCUCGACACAACUCCGUCGCCGAAACGUUCCGCGAUCACGACGAAUCGGUGUCGUUGAGAUGCUACAGUCCAUCGCCGUGUGCAAGUAUCUGCAGUACACCGUCGGAAACAGCGAACAGUUCACCCCGAGAGAGUCACAGCUCGUUCCUAACGGUUCCUAGUUUCAGUUACGGCCUCGAGAGGAGAGCUUCCGAAGGUGUUGGCUCGGAGAAGCCGCGAAGCGAUCCAGCCAGUCAGAUAGUUUUGGCCGAGGAGAUAAUCAAAUUGUCCGAGCAUCUGAGAUCCAUCACUAUGGGAACGUGCGCGAAGAGCAACGAAGAGGAAACAUCGUCCGAGUCCAGCGAGCAGAGCAAGAAGACCAGAGAAACGACGGAGGAGAGAAGCAAGAGGAACGGAGUUCGAGGAGGGAAGAGCAACGGGCUGGUGGCUGAGAAUACCGAGGGUAAUGAGAUCACGGAGAAACUGUCGAGUAUAAUGAGACACAGGAAACUGAAUGGAACGACGUUUCAUAGUAGUCGGAGCUUUGAGAAGUACCCAGAGGCGAACAGCGGAAAUAUGUUCGCUUCACUGAAGAAGACGGCGAAGACGAAGAAAGAGGAGGAGAAAACGUCGAAGGUGGAGACUAACAGUUCUUCGGAGGAGAAGAGUUUCACGGUGGAAGAAGGUUCGACGAGCGACAAAGGAGAGAGGAUGUUGAGUAGGAACGAGGGUGAGAUGGAUUUGACGCCGCCUUGGAGGCGUCCAAGGGUAAAACAGUUUGGAGAGACUAGUAGGGAUGUUCCUCGAAUUUCUGGUCUUCGUAAUUUGCACAAAAGCUUGAACCUCGACGAACCGACUAGCGCGAAGGAUUUGUUGCUUCAUUUGCUCGGUGAAUGGGAGGAAGUGGCUACAAGGCCGAGUGGAUUCGGCCGGAAGUCUGUGAGCGUCGACUGGUGCGGCGAGGAUUCUGUCGCGAGGAAGACUAUGAAUUCUUUGGCCGAAUAUUUCCAAUCGAGACAGCAGAAAUCGUCGAAUUCGAACAACGUUAAUUCCACCGAUUCGAGCUCGAUACAUCGUUGAGAUGUAUCUUCUUUUUGUUGUUUUUGGUUCAAAACGAAGGACUAUGCGGAUUUGUCUCUCGAUUUUCUGAGACAGCGAACGCAAUCUCGUUUCGCCAUUGUAAAAUUCUCAGGGCAAUGGGAUAAAACGGAGACAAUGAUGGAUUUUUUCAUAUACAUCAUUUCUCUUUUCUUUUUUUCUUUACCUCCGGUCUGAAUGUGUGGUGGUAUUAAGAAGUUUCAGAGUGAGGAUGUGACGUUCACGUUCGCGUUUAUUUGAAUUCAUUUGUGUCGAAUUCGGGUAAAUCCGUGGGCUUUCUGGUGAUUGUUUUCGAUGUGAGAUAUUCCGGGACGAAUUGGUUAUUCAAAUUUUUCGAUAAUUAAUAUGUGUAUUUCAUUGUUUAUUCUCUGGAGCUCCUUUGAAGUUUGACGAGUUUUUCUUCGUCGUCGAAAUUUUACGACGAAAAUAUGAUUUUUUUAAUGAUAAAUAAAACGAGGCAUACAGAGUGUAAGAUAUUUUUAUAGGCAACAA